AUGGAGCAAAUCGGAGCAGCUCUCCAGCAGACUCUGGAGCCGGAUGCUGCGAUUCGCAAGCGUGGAGAAGAAGCGCUCCGCUCGCUGCAAUCAAAUCCAGGCUAUAUCAUUCAAAUUCUUCAACUGGUGGUCAACGAACAGCAACAAAUUGCUCCGCAGAUCCGAAUCGCCGCGGCUGUCGCUUUGAAAAAUUUUGUGAAGAGAAAUUGGGGCCCGGCACCAGAGGUAGAAAUGGGCCAGGAAGACGAGGAGCAGUUCAGAAGCAUGCUUCUCGAAGCGAUGUUCAAUACAAAAUCAAAUGUUCAGGAAAUCCUGUCCAAUGCUCUGUAUCUCAUCGCUCAGAGAGAUUUUCCCGAAAAAUGGCCAGAUUUGGUUCCAUAUUUGUCGAAAUUCCUGAACGGAGCGGAUCUCAAUCACCUGGUGGCCUCGCUGGCGUCGAUGGAGCAGAUUUUCCGCAAAUUCCGAUUCGAAUCCAAGUCAGCAGAGCUUUGGAAAGAGCUGAAGAAGUGUCUACUGAGCACCCAAGAGCCUCUAACUCUGUUGCUACGGAACAUGAUGGAGGUGGGACAGCGGAAGGAUCAACUCGGAGCCGACGAGAUCGCCCAAUGGCUCCGAGUCUUACUUCUCAUUGCAAAAGUCUACCAUUCUCUGUGCUCACAGGAGAUUCCGGAAUACUUCGAGGAUCAUCUCAAGGACUGGAUGCCACACUUCUUGCAUCUCGUGCAAAUCGACGCGCCGACGCAGACCUCCAACUCGGGAGAACCUACAACUCUGGACGAGCUUAAGCACGAGAUCUGUGAGAUCUUCACGCUCUACUCGCAACGCUACGAGGAGGAGAUCUCCGAGUUCGUGCCCGACAUCAUCCUUGCCGUCUGGAAUCUGCUCAAGUCUACCGGCCCCGACACUCGAUACGAUACGAUGGUGUGCGCCGCGCUGGAAUUUCUGUCGAUGGUCAGCCAGCGACAGUACUACGAGGGACACUUCACUGGUGAAGGCGUUCUGAAGACUCUCGCCGAGAACGUGUGCGUUCAGAACCUUCUGCUUCGUCAACAGGAUAUGGAACUGUUCGAGGAUGAGCCACUGGAUUAUAUGAAGCGAGACAUCGAGGGUACCGAUGUAGGAACUCGACGCCGUGGAGCCAUCGAUCUUGCGCGAGGUCUCUGCCGAAGAUUCGAGGCGCAAAUGCUUCCAUGUCUGGGGGAGAUCGUGCAGAACCUGCUGGGAAGUGGUGAUUGGAUCAAGAUCGACAUUGUCUACUCGCUGAUCACGGCGAUCGCGGUGAAGACGGAGACUGCUAAGAGUGGAGUAACGGCGACGAACCCGCUGGUGGACAUCAACGACUUCUUCAUCACACAAGUGGCCACACAUCUCAACGCCGAUGUCAAUCAAACUCCGAUCCUUAAAGCUGAUGCACUGAAGUUUGCGGUCACUUUCAGGAAACAGCUGGCUCCAGAGCACCUUAUGACUGCGAUCAAGUCGGCGGACGCUCUUCUCAGCUCGAAUACUCCGAUUCUGCACAAGUACGCAGCUUACGCUAUUGAAAAGAUCCUUCUCGCUGAUUCCAACAAAAUCUUCUCGGCUCAAAAUCUUCCAGUCUCCUCGAUCCUUCAGAACCUUGUCACCGCGUUCGACAAGGAUGCCAAAGCGCAAAACUCGCCGUAUCUGAUCAAGGCGAUUUUGAGGAUCAUUGUGAUUCUCGAUGACGACACGAUUCGGCAUGCGGACGCGAUUGCGGUCAAGCUCGCACAGUUGGUCGAGUCGGCGACGAAAAAUCCGGCGGAUUCGGUGCACACGCACUUUUUGUUUGAGACGAUUUGUGUGUUGAUCACCAAGACCCGAACAAUCGGCGCCUCACUGGAUGCUCAACUCCUUCCACUGAUCGAAGUGAUCUUCCGCGAGGAUUUGGAAGAUCUCAUCCCAUAUGCUCUCCAAAUCACGGGAGUUCUCGUCUCCUCAUGUAUCGCUAGAAACUCAUCGAUCGAUCAAUUCUCACCGUUCCUUCCGUUUCUGCUAUCCGAACGUCUUUGGGCGAGAUCAGCGAAUGUUCCAGCGGCACUUUCGGUUCUCGAAGUGAUCCUUUCCGUGAAUGCUCAGCGAGUCGUCUCGGAGAAUUCUGGGUUGAUCUUGAGCCAUUUGGCGCGGCUUUUGGGCUCGAAAACCUUGGAUCAAUACGGUUUCCAGUUGGCGGCGACGAUUCUUCCGUCGAUUGAGCACUUCGAGGGUUCCGCGAUGACAUUUGUGCUCAAUACAAUGUUUCGAAGAGUUCAAUCGUCGAAGACACCCAAGUUUAUGAAGCUAUUCAUCGUGUUCUUGUGUCGAUUUACGAUCGCCCGGAGUGCACAGGAUCUUGUUCAAUCGUGUGAGAAUAUUCAGACUGGCAUGUUCGGAAUGCUCAUCGAGAAGGUCGUAUGCAUUGAUUUGCCAGGUCUGAAACAAACGACAACGGGGCCUGAGAAACGGAUUAUUGCCAUUGGAAUGGGCAAUUUGCUAGCCGAUGUCACGCAGCAGCUUGUUGGUCAAUACGGAAUUCUGUCAUACGAGGUGGCAAUGCUGCUGGAAGCUGCUUCAGCCUCCGAUCGAGCCGUCCUAUCACCAGAAGAAGAGCAAGCUUCAAUGUACAACGCCGAGGGAGAAUUUGUGAACCCAUUCUGUCGUCUGAGUUACGCUCCCAAGCAACCGCCCGUCGCCGCCAACAUCGCCAACCACAAGGCCUACUUUGCGCAGGCCGUUCUUGUCCGUGGACCCGGAAAUUGUCCAGAGACACUUCGUUCUGUACCGCCCGAGAUUGUCACCUAUUUGCAGUCUAUUCAGCAAUAAUUUCCCCGAUAUUUAUAUUUUUUCAAUUGUUUAUUAUCUUUUUUUUUCUCUGCUGCUGCCCGAUUACUCGCUCUUUCUCUCUAAAAAAAAUCCCCCGUUGUUAACUUUUUUGUCUUAAAUUUCAAAUUUCUCACUUUCCAUCUCUGAUUAGUUUACGGUUGUCGAAGCCCCGCUUCUUCUUCUUCUUAUCUCACAUCUGCCCCAGUUUUUUCCUCUUCAAAUUGCCUUAUUUAAUUGUUUUUCACGACAUUUUUGCUGUCAAAUACACAGAAAUUC